GCGAAACAGCGAUAUUUUUUUGCGCGAAUUAAAAGCGCCGCGCGUGCCAUAAUACGGGGCAGAUAAGGAUACCAUAAACAAUCUUCUUGUUGCGAGCAAGCUUUAAUUUAAGUGUCCUUUGUAAAUUUCAUAAUAUAUGUAAAUAUUAUGUAAGAAAGUCUAACCAAAUAAUCGGAUAAAUUUGAGAGCCAAAACUAAUUAUGUAUAAGAGUUAUUUUAUCUACAUAGAUAAGAUGUUUGUAAGUAUUUCAUUCAUAAUGUUUUCGAGUGUUAAUAUAAAAGAUGAGGCAAAUCUACUCAGUAUAGUAUUACAUGUCAAAGGCUCAUACAUUAUUAACAUGUUACGUUCACUUGUGAUUUUAAACUGUGUGUUUGGACUCAAUGCAUCAAGAAUAUUAUUCGUGAUUCCAACACCAUCAAUAAGCCAUCAAGUGCCGAUCAGACCUUUAUCUCAAGAAUUAGCAAGACGUGGACAUGAUGUUGUUGUAAUAACAACAGAUCCUAUAUACCCUAAAGGUGGUGCUCCAGCAAAUUUCACAGAAAUAGAUGUACAUGAUGUAUCUUACAACAUUUGGAGAGAUCUUGUGUUGAAUGCAGAAACUGCAAGUGGAAGCGCUGAUAAAGCCGAAUAUCAGAUAACUAUAUUUUCUGAUAUCAUAGCAGACGUUCUAGAAGCCCAAAUGGAAACUGAUGAAGUAAAAAAUUUAAUUAAUGGCAACACACACUUCGAUUUAAUAUUCACUGAAUCUUUAUCAAAACCGGCUUUAUUAUUUUCUCAUAUUUUCAAAGUACCUGUGAUUCAGAUAAGUACGUUCCCCGCUAUUUAUAAUAAUUUACAAGUUAUCGGUGCUGAAAGUCAUCCAAUUUUGUACCCUGAAACAUUUAGUCAAAAAACGAAUAAUUUAACAUUAUGGGACAAGAUGAGAGAAAUUUAUAAAAUAUACAGAUUUCAUAAGAUAAUUGAUAAUGCUGAGGAAAAACAACAUGCUGUUGUAAGGAAGGUUCUAGGAGAAGAUGCGCCUACGUUCGAAGAAUUAGCUGAGAAUGUGCAUAUGUUGUUCUUGAACGCUCAUCCUUUGUGGGACUCGAACAGGCCGGUACCGCCCGGUGUUGUUUACUUGGGAGGAAUUCACAAGAAUCCAUCGAAAAAAUUACCCGAGGACCUGAAAGCCUACUUAGAUUCUUCUAAACAUGGCGUCAUUUACAUCAGCUACGGAACCAACGUCAGCCCUUCGGCCCUUCCAGCAGAGAAGAUCCAGAUGUUGGCGAGAGUUUUCUCUCGCUUGCCAUACGAUGUUUUGUGGAAGUGGGAUAAGGAUGAGCUGCCUGGAAAACCAAAAAAUGUGAAGAUUUCGAAAUGGCUGCCACAGUCGGAUCUUUUGAGACAUCCAAAAUUGAAGGUGUUUAUAACACAAGGCGGUCUCCAGUCUACAGAUGAAGCUAUUGAUGCUGGAGUACCUCUCAUAGGAAUGCCAAUGUUAGGAGACCAGUGGUUCAAUGUGGAGAAUUAUGUCAAACAUGGCAUAGGUGUGAGACUCGAUAUGGACACGCUGACUGAAGAGAAGUUCCAGAAUGCUAUCGAAAAAGUUAUUAAUGAUCAAAGCUACCGCCAAAACAUCAUCAAGCUUCGUGACCUUAUCAAUGACCAGCCCCAGAGUCCACUAGAACGCGCCGUGUGGUGGACGGAACAUAUCCUAAGACACGGCGGAGGCCGCCACUUGAGAUCACCAGCAGCUAAUAUAUCAUGGACACAAUACUACGAAGUAGAAUUAAUAACCUAUUUACUGGCUGGCCUACUGCUAGUCUUAGUAAUUUUUGCAACUGUGAUAAUUUACACUGUGCGAUUUGUUUCACAGAUAAUUAAUAGUAACUCUAAAUUAAAAAGUAAAGAAUUGUAAUAUAGUUAAUUAUUUUGUAUUUUUAAUUUAUAUAAAUACUUGUUCAGACAUAAGUGGCAAAUACCACCUUGUACCAAUAAGACAAUUAUAAGUUUU